UCGCCGCCGCCGCCGCCUCAGGUGCGCCCUCCUGCGGCCAUGUUGGAGGCCCGCAGCUCCUGGCAGCUACGGCUACAAACAGCUGAUUUCAUUGUGUACCCAUGUGGUUGUUUUUCUCUGCUCUUUCUGGACAAAUAGCGGAUUGAUCAGUUUUUUAUAAAGCAUAUAUAACAAAAAAUAUUAAACAAGGGAAGCACAGAUUAAUCCUAAAAAAAAAAGACAAUUUUAAGCCCUUAUUGUUGCUGCAUGAGAUUGAGAUAUGAUUAGGAGCUUUCAAAAUAAGAUACAGAUGUGGGGGAAUUAAAAGCAAUUCAUGGGGUUCAGAGAUUGUUUUUGAAGAGAGGGUUUUUGUGUUUUUAUGCUCUAUUGACAUACUCUGUUUUAUGUCACUCACUUGUAAACACACUCACUUGUCUUAAAAUUAGAUCAGAAAAUGAAAUUAAACUAUUAAGCACCACACACUCUUUUGGUGAAAGAAGUUCUUUCAUCUGUCAGUCUUGCAAACGUCCCGGAUCGGGUUCUUCAAGUUUUUUUUUUCCGUCUUCUUGGCCGCCGUGACCCAUCUUUUGCCUUAAUGGUUGACUUAUUUCCCAGCCUGAGCAAAUAUGUCAGAUAUGGUAUUGCCACCAUAACAUACAACCUCGUGGGGUGGAGUUGUGUGUGAGAGGGCACUGAGUUCGGUCUAACUCGAAACACCCCCAGACAGCCAGCCCAGGGAUUGGAAAGAGCCUGGCCAACAUCCCCCUCAGUCCAGAGACGGCCCAGGACCAGGAGAGACGAAUCCGUCGCGAGAUCGCCAACAGCAACGAACGCCGGCGCAUGCAGAGCAUCAACGCGGGCUUCCAGUCACUCAAAACACUCCUGCCCCACACAGACGGGGAGAAACUCAGCAAGGCGGCCAUCCUGCAGCAGACGUCAGACUACAUCUUCACCUUGGAGCAGGAGAAGACGCAGCUCCUGGCACAGAACAACCAACUCAAACGCUUCAUCCAGGAGUUCAGUGGUUCAUCGCCGAAGAGGAGGCGAGCAGAGGAGAAGGAUGAAGGGAUCGGGUCUCCAGACACACUGGAGGAGGAGAAGGUCGAGGAGCUGAGGAGGGAAAUGUUAGAGCUGCGACAGCAGCUGGACAAGGAGCGCUCGGCCCGUAUGCAGCUGGAGGAGCAGAUGCGUUCUCUGGACACCCAGCUGCACCCAGAGCGUCUGAAGGUCAUCACCCAGCAGGUGGAAGAGGAGCAGGCACUCAUCCAAAGCCAGACGCUGUUACGGCUGAAGCAGAUCCACGCCGCUGACAGACAAACUCACAGUCCACAGGUGCUGGCUCAUCCCGCCCCAACCCAUCACCCCACCGUCAUCGUCCCAGCUCCGACACUAACCCAGCAGCCCCACCAUCACGUCACCGUGGUGACCAUGAGCCCAUCUGUCCACACCAGCACUGUGUCCACGUCCAGACAGAACCUGGACACUAUUGUGCAGGCCAUCCAGCACAUCGAACGCACUCAGGAGAGGAGAGCCAGCGCCGAGGAGGAGCAGAGACGAGCCGUCAUCGUCAGCCCCGCCCACGCAGCCAUGGACACCGCCUGCUCAGACACGGACACCGACACAGAGGGGGAGGACUGCUCGAUGAACUGAUCCACCCUACGAACAAACACGCACACACACACACUCACUCACACACACACACACACACACACACACUUCAAAUGCCUACUCACUGUAAGAUUCCCUCCAGGAGCUCGACUACUUUUUAAAAAGAAAAUCUGUCUUUGGCAUUAUCCAAAACUCCUAAAUCCAGUGGUUAAGCUCGGUGUCAGUCUUGUACUGUAAAAUCUCUGAAGAUUGAAAACAUAGGACGGUCAGUGUGCACAGGAGGCCCUGUGGGAUUUCUAGAGGCUGUUUUUCGAUGUCCGAACCGGUCUGUCGCUACUUGAAAACUUAAGGGUCUCCUCAUGUAAACAGCUGUCGGCAUCUGUCUGUCCCUCUUCUUUGUGUUUAUAUGUGCUGCGUAACAGUCACCGAUUCAGUUAUCCGUCGAACGCGGACACACUGACAGUAUUAUUUGUGCUACAAAUUGGUGGAUUUAGUGUAAUGGAGAGUUGAAUGUAACAACACAAUAAGCAAGCAGCUCUUGGUUCUGAAAAAGGGACGUGGAGUCGCAGUCAUUUCUUCCCCAGUCUUACUUUUGUGUUUUAUUAUUUUCCCCAGUCCUUUUAUUCUUGUGCCAGUGGCCAUGAAAUCCAACUUAAACUACAACUGAGGGCAUUUCUAAAUUUAAAAAAAUUGGGGGGGAAAUACACACUUAAACGUAGAGUUAACUUCAAGAUACACGUGGACAGAUAUUCUGUCUCAUUUACUUGAGAAAAAAAACAAGUAGAAAUAAGCCCUUAAAAAUAAGCUGUUGAACAAUUUACAUUGAUCAUGUUUUGAUGUUCAUGUUUUUGUUACUGAAUUUUGAAAGUGAACAAGUUGUUAUAUUGAGAUUAACAACUUAAACGUGUAGGUUUGUCAGGUUUCCGCAGGGAACCGGAGGCCUUCACAUGAAUUCAUGACCACAGUUGGCCCGUUCGUUGCUGGUGAUAGUGGUUAUAGCUCACACAACUUUUAAAAAAACAAAAACAAAAGAGAGAUAACCAAAUGUUGGUUUGUUGCUUGGAAACAUUAACAGGCAUUUUGUAACUGUCUGCUAUCAAUUUUUCACGAAUCUCGUACAAUGUCACGGAAUCAGACUCUGUGUUUGCGUGAAAAUAUUUAAGUUUAGCGGAUGUAGAAAAUCUGAGGAGCAGAUUUCGAUGAUUCACAUGCGAGCGAAGCAUGAAGGCUUCCAGAGUUCCCUCCAGACUUCAGUCCAUCUCCUGGUCUCGGUUUGUUGAAUUUCAGUGACUAUGCACUAGAGUUUUUGCUAUUUAUGCAAACCCA